CGGGGUUUGCCGCUGUGGGGUGGGGGCGGGCGCCGCGGGCCGGGGGCCACCGCUGGGGAUGGGCGCGUAGGUAGGUCGGUCGGUAGGAAGGAAGGAAGCGAGGAGGAGUGUCGGCCGGAGACGCCCGCCCGUCGGCUCCCGCCGCCCCGCUCGCGUCCCCCCGGCCCGUCGGAAGGGUCCCUCCCCCAUCCUUCCCCUGGUCACCGUCGCGUCGGGAUUGCCCCUUCCCUCCCUCCCUCCCUCGCCGCACCGGCUGCCGCGGCCCGUGUCCUCGCUUCCCGUGCCUGAGGCAGCCAUCCCCAUCGGGGUCCCUCUUCGCCGCCUGCGGGCUGCCCGCCCCCUCCAGCCGCGCCGGGGCCUGGGCCCGCGGGGCGCCGCCGGGAUGAGCAGCUCGCGGAACAACCGGGUGAUGGUGGAAGGAGUCGGGGCCCGGGUGGUGCGGGGCCCGGAUUGGAAAUGGGGUAAGCAGGAUGGCGGCGAGGGCCAUGUGGGCACCGUCCGCAGCUUCGAGAGCCCCGAGGAGGUGGUCGUGGUGUGGGACAACGGUACCGCCGCCAACUACCGCUGCUCCGGGGCCUACGAUCUCCGCAUCCUCGACAGCGCGCCCACGGGUAUCAAGCAUGAUGGGACUAUGUGUGAUACUUGUCGACAGCAACCCAUCAUUGGCAUCCGAUGGAAAUGUGCUGAAUGCACAAAUUAUGACUUGUGCACAGUUUGCUAUCAUGGGGACAAACAUCACUUGAGGCAUCGAUUUUACAGAAUUACCACACCAGGAAGUGAAAGGGUAUUGUUGGAGUCUCGCCGUAAAUCAAAGAAAAUUACAGCAAGAGGAAUCUUUGCAGGUGCCAGGGUGGUGCGAGGAGUUGACUGGCAAUGGGAAGAUCAAGAUGGUGGCAAUGGGCGUAGAGGAAAGGUGACUGAAAUCCAAGAUUGGAGUGCGUCGAGUCCACAUAGUGCAGCAUAUGUUCUAUGGGACAAUGGUGCUAAAAACCUUUACAGAGUUGGCUUUGAGGGCAUGUCUGACCUGAAAUGCGUCCAAGAUGCAAAAGGAGGCUCUUUCUACAGGGAUCAUUGUCCUGUACUAGGUGAGCAAAAUGGUAACAGAAACCCUGGUGGGCUGCAGAUAGGUGACCUUGUAAACAUUGACCUAGAUUUGGAAAUUGUACAGUCUUUGCAGCAUGGUCAUGGAGGAUGGACUGAUGGCAUGUUUGAAACCUUAACAACAACUGGAACAGUUUGUGGCAUUGAUGAGGAUCAUGACAUUGUAGUACAAUAUCCAAGUGGCAACAGGUGGACAUUUAAUCCAGCUGUUCUCACGAAAGCCAAUGUUGUCCGAAGUGGAGAUGCUGCCCAAGGUGCAGAAGGAGGUACCUCUCAGUUUCAAGUGGGUGACCUUGUUCAAGUAUGUUACGACUUAGAGCGAAUCAAGCUUCUUCAGAGAGGUCAUGGAGAGUGGGCUGAAGCAAUGCUUCCAACUUUAGGUAAAGUUGGUCGGGUCCAGCAGAUCUAUUCAGACAGUGACUUAAAGGUAGAGGUUUGUGGGACAUCUUGGACAUACAAUCCAGCAGCUGUCUCGAAGGUGGCAUCAGCAGGAUCUGCUAUAAGUAAUGCUUCUGGUGAGAGAUUGUCCCAGCUAUUGAAAAAACUAUUUGAAACCCAAGAAUCUGGAGACUUGAAUGAGGAAUUGGUUAAAGCUGCAGCCAAUGGAGAUGUUGCUAAAGUGGAAGACCUGCUAAAGAGACCAGAUGUAGAUGUGAAUGGACAGUGUGCUGGGCACACAGCUAUGCAAGCUGCUAGUCAGAACGGCCAUGUUGACAUUCUGAAGUUGCUUCUGAAACAGAAUGUGGACGUAGAAGCAGAGGACAAGGAUGGAGACAGGGCUGUCCAUCAUGCAGCCUUUGGUGAUGAGGGUGCUGUGAUAGAGGUUUUACACCGAGGCAGCGCGGAUUUGAACGCUCGCAACAAACGUAGGCAGACUCCCCUUCAUAUUGCUGUCAACAAAGGUCAUCUGCAAGUUGUGAAGACCUUACUGGAUUUUGGCUGCCAUCCUAGUCUCCAGGAUUCUGAAGGUGACACUCCACUUCAUGAUGCAAUAAGUAAGAAGCGUGAUGACAUCCUUGCUGUGUUGUUAGAAGCUGGAGCAGAUGUUACCAUCACCAACAACAAUGGGUUUAAUGCUCUUCACCAUGCUGCACUACGAGGAAACCCUAGCGCAAUGCGGGUGUUACUGUCCAAGUUACCACGACCGUGGAUUGUUGAUGAGAAAAAAGAUGACGGCUACACUGCCUUGCACCUGGCAGCUCUCAAUAAUCACGUGGAGGUGGCUGAACUUUUGGUGCAUCAGGGCAAUGCUAACCUGGAUAUCCAGAAUGUUAACCAGCAAACUGCUCUGCACCUUGCCGUGGAACGACAGCAUACACAAAUUGUUAGACUCUUAGUCCGUGCUGGUGCUAAGCUGGAUAUUCAGGAUAAAGAUGGAGAUACUCCCCUGCAUGAAGCCCUGAGACACCACACCCUUUCACAGCUCCGCCAACUCCAAGAUAUGCAAGAUGUGGGCAAGGUAGAUACUGCUUGGGAGCCAUCAAAGAACACAUUAAUAAUGGGACUUGGCACUCAGGGAGCAGAGAAGAAGAGUGCAGCGUCUAUUGCCUGCUUCCUGGCAGCCAACGGAGCUGACCUCAGCAUUCGUAAUAAGAAGGGUCAGUCUCCUCUUGAUCUCUGCCCAGAUCCCAGUCUCUGCAAAGCAUUGGCUAAAUGUCACAAAGAAAAAGUCAGUGGUCAGGUUGGCUCCCGAAGUCCAUCUAUGAUCAACAACGAUUCUGAAACCUUAGAAGAAUGCAUGGUGUGCUCAGACAUGAAGAGAGAUACCCUGUUUGGCCCAUGUGGACACAUUGCCACGUGUUCUCUGUGCUCACCCCGUGUGAAAAAAUGUCUCAUCUGUAAAGAACAAGUUCAGUCUAGGACAAAGAUUGAAGAAUGUGUAGUAUGUUCAGACAAAAAGGCAGCAGUGCUUUUCCAGCCUUGUGGUCAUAUGUGUGCUUGUGAGAAUUGUGCAAGCUUGAUGAAGAAAUGUGUACAGUGUCGGGCAGUGGUUGAGAGAAGAGUACCUUUCAUAAUGUGCUGCGGAGGGAAAGGUACAGAAGAUACCACUGAUGAUAUUUCAAGUGGAAACAUUCCAGUUAUGCAGAAAGACAAAGACAACACCAAUGUCAAUGCGGAUGUACAGAAGCUGCAGCAACAGUUACAAGACAUCAAGGAACAGACCAUGUGUCCUGUCUGUUUGGAUCGUCUGAAGAACAUGAUCUUCCUCUGUGGCCACGGGACGUGUCAGCUUUGCGGAGACCGGAUGAGCGAGUGCCCCAUAUGCCGCAAGGCGAUUGAACGAAGGAUCCUUUUGUAUUAAGUAGUGGAAGUAGUGUCUAUGUUAUUAGGCUAUGGAAUAAAUAAUAAGGACAUUUUGAUGAUACGAAUCUCCUCGAGGUUGAAAGGCAGUAAAGGGUUCUAAUGAAAACAUUUCUGAUACUGUAGCGCAGGCUCAUUACGUGGUAACUGUUUAAAGACUCUGAACACACCAAAUGGAAGAACAGUAUUUGAACAGUCUGCUGUUAGCUCUACUCUUUCUAAGCCUGAAGCUAAUUUUGAAGCAGUGUUUUUUCCAUUUUUGUUUCUGCCUUCUUUUUCCCCUUAGAGUUUAAAGGGACAAUCUUAUACUGGUUUUGUUCAUGGUUUUCUUCUAUGUACCAGGUGUCAAGUGAUGUAAGGGUUUGUUGUUUUUUUUUUAUUGUCAGCUAAUAUCAAAUAUAAAUCUUUAGGAUUUUUUUCUUUUAUAUGUUUCUGGAGAAUGUUGACAUUUCCUAUGACAGGUAUGAUUCACAGUGCUUUCUGUCCUCAAAUGUAGAUGAUGCAAAAUCAAUACAAAAUGUAAACACAAUAGUAAUAAAUAUACUAUUCCUGUAAGAUCAGGCCUCAGAAUACAAUGUUAAGAUAAUGCUAACUUUAUCAUGCCCUUUAUUGCUGAGGAUGUGUUGGGAAGGAAACAGUAAAUAGAAAACGGUAGUUCACAAAUGUCAUGUUCUGAAAACUGCACUUUAGUUAAACGUGUUCAAGUGAAUGCAAAUAGUGAAUUUCUGCCAGCUGCAUAAUUUUGCAUAGAAUUGCUUUUAACUUGACUAGAAAGGAGAGCAGUGGGUCAGCUGUCCAUUUCAGAUGAGUGAAUUUGGUUGUAGAGGAAGAUAUAGGUAUAUCUGUGUGGCCAUUUAAAAAUUCUAGGUCUGUGAAUUAGGAAAAGCUAGAGAUCUUGGGAGAUUUCCUCUCUUAAAUUAGUUUUAUUGUCUACAGGCAAACAGUGUCAACAGCAAAGAUAUAAUAUUGCUUAUUCAUUUGAGUCGGGUGUUAAAACCAGAACUUACCUGUGAACAUUGCUGGGUAGUAUUGCAAAUGGAGAUAUUGAUGACAGAGCAGUGAAUUUUGUCAAUCAUGUCUGGGAGAGUUGAAGCUGGCUGACAGAGUGACAGACACAUCAGCUGUCCCUGAUGUGACAGAGAGGUUCCUCAUUGCAAAAAUGCUGCUGUCAGGAGCUGCACACUGGCAACAUUUUGAUAACAGGUACAUCCUUCCAUCUUUCUGGAUGGAAGGAAGUAUGGAGAUUUAAGGAACUCUUGUAGGUAAAAGGAAUGUGUGCUUACUCCUUCUUAGUGAUUUGGCAGUUUCUGAUUGUGUAUUUUACGUAGCCCUCUGUUGUGCAGACUUCAUAUGGAUGUGCUCUUGUAGAACAAAAAAAAGAAAUCCAUGCUGGAGUCACUUAGGUGCCUUACUUGCAGCUAAGAUUAAUUUCUCAUUUAAUUCUCAUUGUGUAUGUAAAAAAUGUGAAAAAAGGGAUAGUUCAGGUGAAGAUUUGAGUAAGGAUAAAGGGAUACAAUUCAUAUCCUUUCAGAUAAAUCAGUCUUUUGAAGCUCAUGUUGAUAUGUCUGAAUUGUGCAAACAUUGGUAAAGUCUCAGAAAAAGGUUACUAGUAAACUGUAAUGGUGGGUAAACUUUUAACCAAUCAGGUUUGAACACUUAAUAGUUUUCCAGGAAAUAACUACAGUGAUACAUUGGAAAAAUACAUGGAGAGUGGCUCCUAACAUAGCAAAAUAAUGUAAUGCACAGCCUUUCUAUAGCCAUCUAUAAUCCUGAUUCAGAAUUGCAAAUGUUCAUCAUUUUUUUCAGUAAUUUUUCAUUGGAUACAAUCUGAGGUCAAUAUAGUAGUCUUUUUAAUUUUGUAUACUAGUGGUCAUCUGUUCUCAGAUAAUUUAUGUAGUGGUUGUCUUGGUCAAAUGAAAUAGCCCUCCCUUUUCUUGCCUCUUGGGUCUGUAUUCUGAAGUACUGAAGUUUCAAGGAGCUUUGGAAAGUCUUUCAGAUAAGGGUUGUUUUCUUUUCAGUGUAGCAUCUCACUAUCUCCACUCAAGGUCUGAGUGAACCUGAGUAUUCAUUGCAGUUUUCAUUUGGCCAUACACAGGUCUUUGGAUUCUGAUGUAGAAGGUGAACUGGUGUUGUUGAGCAAGCUACUAAGUUCAUUCCUUCAAUUUAUUUUGGUGUCAUCUUUGCAACAUCCACAGGAUAACACUUAAGUAGUUGAAGGAUGAAAAACAGAAGCUCAGUUGCAAGCCAAAGGGGAUCAUAACAAGUAGGAGAGUAGAGGAUACGUCACUAUACCUCUGUCUUCAGCACAAGAUGGAAAUGCACGUCUCAUUAUUAAUAUCUCUAUUAUUAGGAAGCAAAGUGAAAGAGAAAAAUCAGUUAGGCAUUUCUCUAAUAUACUGUAAAUUAUAAGAGUAGUAACUUAUGUUUAUUAUAAUUUUCCCUCAGUAUUUUAUACCAUUUUUGAAAUAAAAUUAAAUUGAAUCUCUCAGUUUGAUUCUGGAAACAAUCAAGAAGGGACCUACUAAUACAUACUGUUCAGGUACGAGGUACACUCAGAUUUUUAAGCAAUGUACUUUUCAAUUCUUCCAUCUAGUAAAGUGCAUAAGUGGUCACAUAAGUACACAGUGAUUUAAAGUACAAAGGCAACCUGAGAGGCCAACAGAAUAUGCUAAAUAAUUAUAGCUUGUUAAAUUCUGUAUAGUAGACUUCUUUCUGUUAUAUGGCACUUCUCAAAAUUUGGAUUUCGUCACCUGCUUCCCAUUUGUUAUAAUACUGUGUACUUGUAUUUGGGGUUUUGGAGGAAUCCCUUUUUUUCUGAAGAGGAUACUGAAAAUUACACUGGUAAGAGGAUAAAUGUGGAAAUGUGAAAGUUUGUUUAGGAGGGGUUGUUCUUAACGUGGACUAGGUGAAGUUAUAGCAGAUUUGCACAAGUACUUGUGCCUUGUUAUCAUAGUCUUACAAUUGGUAUUUAGCUUCUCUUAAAGGCAUGAAAUAGUCUUUUAAAAAUAAUGUCAUUACUUAUUGUUUAGGUAUUUUCUAGAGGUGCAGUUUUAUGUAUGAUUGUUUUUAGCAGUAUUGCAGUUUGUGUAAACACUAAAUUGUUUGAAGAAGCUGCUUUGAGCUGGUGAUCUAAUCUUCCUCUACAAACUUCUAUGUCAGAAACUUAAUUUUACUCUUCCAGUAGCUGCUGGUUAACUGAAGAGCCUGUCCUGUUCUUUGUGCUGCAUGGGUCAAAUUUUCACUUAAAACCCCCCAACCACACUACAGCCUAACUAUUAGCAGUGCUACCUCCUUUCUGUCAAAGAACUGAAUUCUUCUCUUGUUGUUGUCUUUGUGAAGGGAUAGGGAACACAUCGGUUUUGUUUUGCUUCAUCAGUUUUGAUGUCUGAGUACAUUGCAAAGGUUUUUUACUGACUGUGUAAAUUAACGUACAAUAGCAGCCUGUGAUUUGCCACAAUGUACAUUGUACAUCCUUCUUGCAUAAGUUGCUGGAAUUUAUACUUACUGUCUUUUUAUGCAUUUCGUAACUUGUUUGUGUUGACAAAGCAAAACUGUUAUCCGCAGAAGCUUUAGUAUGUGCCAUUUUUAUAGCUAAGCCUGUGGUAAAUACAAAAGUUCUGACUCAGGGCUUUUUAACAACUUAAACAUGUUCACAAUGUUCUUCAGCGUGUCCUGGAGAAUGUUUGAGAAUUAAUGACUGUACAGUGCCUUGAUAGAACUAAUGAAUGGGCAGCAGCCAUAGAGUCCUUACAGAAUGCAGGUAUGUUUUGAAUCCAGAUAAUGAAUUGAUGUUAAUAUAAUUGUAAUACCCUUGCCAUGGAUUUAUAAACUUGUAUAUACUUUCUAUAAAGGAAAAUUGGCAAAUGUAGGUAUUGUUAAGCUUUCCAUAAGUUAGUUGAUUAGUACUCUAAAUUUACAGAUGCAGCAUUUGUGACAGAUACAGCUGAUAAAAGGUUCUUUAUGUGACAUUUUUGGCAUGAGAGGAGAGUUCAUUGUAUAAACAAACAUGUGAAAAUACCUGCUUUACUCCAGCCCAGUAUGUCUUUUGUAAGAGAGAGAGAGAUAAUGGGCAACAAAUCUGUGUUUGCAUGCUAUUCAUAGUUUAAAAAUUUGUUUCAUUUUUAGUUUCUAGGAAGCACUUCCUUUGUCCCAAGAUUAGUGUCUUUAUGAAUGCAAACUAUUCAUAUUAGAAAACAGGUUUACUGAACCAUGGGAAUAUUUUUGCUUUUGUUAAAAUCAACUUUUUCAGUAAAUUGUAGAUUUUGACAUGACUGUUUAUUGGAGAAAUUUAAGGCUGUUUGAAUAUAGUGAAUUUCUGUAUGCAGGUGGCAUUCUAUAAUUGCUUUCAUUAAAACUGCUUAGAAAAGUCUAAGCUUUUCAGAGGAAAUGCUAAUGUACUGUAUGGUUAAUAAAGCUUAUUAUAUAAGAUGUAUGCUGACUUUUUCAAAAGCUUUAGUUUAAAAGUGUAAUUGGACUGAAUUAAUACCAGUUUUUGUGCACACAUCAUUGGGAAGCGAGUGGUGGCUCAUUUGACUUUCUCCUUAUCAGUUUUAUUGCUGUUAGAUGUCACCAUAUCAUUAGAAUGUUCUAUACCUGAACAAAUGUUUGGUAACCCUGUACGUUGUUAACAUACAGUGUUUCAAACUGUACCAGACUUUAUUUAUUUGGAAGUUUGCAAUCAAACUUUAAAAAAAUCUGGUUCUUUUUAAUAUAUCCCUGAAGAGUGAGUUUGUAGCAACAUCAGAAAUGCUGUGUUCCUUUGAAUCUCCCAGAAAGUCAAAUAUUAAGUACCACAGUAGAAGUCUGCAGGGUGGAUUAUGUUGUAACAACAAAAAGGUUGUUUUAAAAUUUCUAUCCACAGCAUAUGUGCAAAUUUUUCUGCAAAAUGUGCAGUUCAUAAUACCAAUUAGAGCUGCUGUAACAUUUAUGUUAGACUCUGGGUUUACUUAGAAUUAAAUGGUCUUUGCAGAUCUGGCUACAUGAUUGUGAUCAUUUAAAAAUCUCCUGCCAAAUACAGUAUCUCCAGUAUUCUGAGACAACAACAGUUGCUGCAUCAUAUUUUAUACUUGUAGUUUUCAUUUUAAUGGAUGCAUUAAAAAAAAUGUAAUGAAAGGCAACAAAACCAACCAGACUUUUAGUGGCUUAGUGCUUUAAUUUAUCGAAGUGUACAGGUGGAAAAUGAAUUGACAGAAUAAAAAGUUUGUUGCUCUCUUU